AUGGCGGAGAGGAGCUCGGCGAUGGUGAUGGUGGCGGUGGCCGCGCUGAAGCUGUUAUCCGCCCUGCAAGAGGUGACAGCGGGCGAGCCCUCUGUCAGAUACGUCCAGAGCGCAUCCCUCGGCAACUUCCUGGUGGCCGCCAACACCAGUCUCAGCGACCAAGAUAUAUACGCCACCCUGAGUGUGGCCAGUUCCUGUGAGUGUCGGUGGGGGUGUUGGUCGGACACGCGGUGCCUGGCGGUGGCGGUGGUGGUGGUGUCGACGGGAGGAGUACAGUGUCGCCUGGCCAGCAAGGGUCCCGUCCAGUCUACACUCAUCACCAACACCCAGGCUACCUACCUCUUCUGGCAUGAUUCCGUCACAGGGACUUACACGUUCAGAGAGGACAAUCUCCUCUACCUCAUCCCCACCUCGGCUCUCGACUUUCCCUCGGCCAAGACACUGUGUGCGAAGAUCCCCGGCCAUCGUCUCCUUAUGCCCAAAACUGUUCUCCGAUACCAAACUGCCUUGAAUAUGGCAACUGAAACAGGCCAACAGCUGUGGGUGGAUCUUACAAGGAUGAUUGAUAAUGGUCCCAAGAUAUGGGGAGAUCAGACGCCCUAUCUCAACACCUCUACAGCAUCCGUAGCCACGUGUUAUGACGACACUCCUAGUCCGGCUGCCUUCAGGAUAAUCGGAGGUGCGCUUAACGAUAAGGAGAUGACGGCAAGUUUCUACGGUGUGUGUGAGGCCAACCCACUCGGUGUGGUGUGGUAGUGAGAGUCUGUGGAGUGGCAGUAAGUUUGCUGUCUAAGUUUGUAGUAAUAAAUUGGGCAUCUAUCUGAAGCUUCAUUUGAGAGGGCGUCUAUUUGACAGUGUUAGUGAGAGUUCGUUUAUUUGAAGUACAAGUGUUAAGGGAGUUUCAUCUUAAGGCGUCGAGGAACAGGUGAUUGAAACAUAAUUUUUCCUCACGACUCACAAAUGAUUACAUAUGAAUCUUUCUCGAGCAAUAUUUUUAUCAUUUCUUGUGUUCGAAUUGCACCAAUAAAUGCUUCACUUAUGAUAUACAAAACACAAGUAAUUACCAGCGGAACUAAAACACUUACUGAAACCUAAUCUAGAUCUAUUUGCCAAAUUACAAUAUGUAUAUAAAAGUAUUAAUUUGAGCAUAAAUUAAAGCAAAAGCAUUUGAGCAAAUGCGUUAAUUUUGAUGCGCAUUUCUUUUAAGUAGAUAAACACGUCUUUGGCGUCGAUUGCAGCUUUAGAUAGUAUAGCUUGAGGAUGGGUUAGGGACGACUGCAUAUUGGAUAGUAUAUCUUAAGGAUGGGUUAGGGACGACUGCAGCUUAGACGAGCAUAAUCCGAGGAUAGGUUGAAUGUAAUCUGUCUGAAUUUCAUCAUGAAAUGUAUGCUAUUAUCACUUGAAACUUUGCUGUUUUAGUACUUUCAGACAAAGAUAACAGUGUCACAAUAACAAUUCAGUAUCUAAUGCAGGCGUGUUCUUAAAUGUAGAAGUUUAUGACAGUAUGUGUUUGAGGCUUGUGAUAUGAAGGCUUGGUCGCUCCAAUGUGGAAGAUCUGCCAAACUCGUGUGGAAGAUUUACCUAUCUGCUCCCAUCUACAAAAAUAUACUAAUCUUCUUUCAUCUUAGUGUUUCUCUACAGAGAUGCAAGCACAAUUGUCUCAUGAAAUGACAAAAGUUUCUGAAAUGGAAUUGUCUUCAGAUGUUAAGGUUAAUGUUGACUUUAAAUGGUCUAACAAAGCCCUUUAUAUUGGUUAUACAAAAAAGUUUGCUUAGACAUAUUAAGUUAAUGGUUACAAAGGGUUUUGAUAGACAUAUUAAGAUGUUUCAACAGUGAUUCUCCUCCUUUAAUAGCAUUAUUUUAACAGAUAAACAUUAGGUAGAUACCCAUAUAACAUUGCUGCUCUGAACAUAA